AUGAUGCGGCGGCGCCGGCGCGGCGACACGGGCGCGCCCGCGCCCUCGAAACGCGCGCGGGUCGACACAUCCACGCGACCCGAGCUGGAGGACUCGCAGUACGGGCGGGCCGGGAGCGUGAAUCUGUCCGACGCGGGCAGCGGCGGCAGCACGAGCCCGACCAGCGCCCUGGUACGCCCAUACCGCGGAGGCACGCCCGGCGGCACGCUCGAGGCGCUCAAGUGCGGGCGCGACGGGCCGCUGGCCAACAUCAUCCGCCGGCUGCCGCCGCGGUCACGCGCGGCGCUGGCGGCGACGUCGUCGACGCUCAUGGCGAGCGUGCUCGACAGCUGCCCCGGCGCGCGGUGGUGCGAGUCCGAGGACGUGUGGGUGCGGACGAAAGGCUCGCGAGACGCCGGUGCGGCCGAGACGCGGCAGGGCUCGGGACGGAUGGUGGCGUGGCGGCUGCGGGGGAAGGUGUCGGAGGACGGCACGUCGCUGAUCGGAUGGUGGCUGACGGACGACCGGAGCUGGCGGGCGUGGUGCCAUGCGGGGAGGGAAGCAGUCCAGGGCGCAGUGGUCGAGGUGGAGAUGCGCAAGGAGCGAGUGCCGCCCGAACCGGUGGUCACGGCGGAGAUGACGGACCUCCGCCGCGUCAUCAUUCGGUGGUGCUCUUGGCGUUCGUUGGCGAUGCACAAGGUGUGGGGGUGCGGGGGGCCGCCCCCGGGCGUGGCGGCAGGCAUCAGGGAGCUGGUGCUCGCACGGACCGGUGUCGAGCGCGUGUCGGUACCGAAGGGCAUGGCGUCGCUCGAGGUGCUGGACGUGAGCGGGUGA